UCUUUCUAUUUAGCUGGAGGUAAGUGCCCGGACCACAUAGACUGUGCCCGCAAGGGGCGGCACGUCUGCAAACCUGGCACAUCCUACUGCGGCCCGUGUCUCAAUCCAUUGGACGAGAACGAGGAAGGAUUGUGCGUGGCGAGGACGAGCCGCCGUCACCAUGGUAAAGUCACAUCCUUCUCUGAUCUCGAUGAAGAGAUUGACUUCCUUCACUCUGUCAUUGCCAAACAGGAAGUGUCUGAGGUCAAACAAUCAAAACAAUCAGACACCCACUCCAAGGCAGCUAGGACUCAGACAGAGGCUCCCAGAAUGAGAGGGCAGGUCCAACCCUCGGCAGGGCAGCCCAACACCACCCAGCCCUCCACCCAGGCCCCCCAGCCUGCCACCGGGGCUCUGGGGAGGGUUGGAGGACCUGAUGGCCUCAUAGCCGUCCCAUACACCUCCAAGGACAAUCUCCUCGUCAUUAUGAUCUCUGUGUGUGUCGUCUUUGGCGCCGCGGGCCUGAUCUUGGCUUCAGUUUUCUGGGUCAGGCUGCAGAAGGAAUCCCGAAUGGCUCAGAAGGUAGAUUACCCUGCAUUUGGAAGCCAUGGGAAUGGAACAGCCAACAGGCCUUCAUCGGGGGAUAAGAAGCUGGCCCAGAGUGCCCAGAUGUACCACUACCAGCAUCAGAAACAGCAGAUGAUCUCCAUGGAAAAUCAUAAAUCGGAACCGAAGGUCGCUGACUCAGAAGUCACGUCAGAUGAGGAGGAAGUGGACGGAGACUUCACUGUGUACGAGUGCCCUGGACUGGCACCGACUGGAGAGAUGGAAGUGAAGAACCCUUUGUUUAACGACUCUACCCUGCACUACCAGGGGAAUCCCAUGUGAAACCCAUAGAUUUACAUGCCUGCACACACACACACACACACACACACACACACACACACACACACACACACACUUUGUUU